AUGCCCGUCACUGUAACUGUUUGUUUUUUGCAGUUGCCAAUUCUUGGCCCUAUUCUGCGAGUCUCCUUCUACGUCUUCUACGAGAUGAACGUCUACGUAACUGUCUGUCGAUUCUUGUUUCGCUACGCGCAGACUACGGGAAAGACCAGUCUGCUUGGGAUUUUAUCCAGCAAACGCUUCUUUAUCCUACUUUUUAUUUUCUUCCUUAUCCUAUGCAUAAAAGCCGCUUGGCUGAGCAUUAACACCUAUGCGGAUGGGAUCGAAUUCAAGCGAAAUUUCCCCAACAAUAACCCAGCUCUGAAGAAGUAUAUCAUGGACCAUACGAUUGUUAUUGCAAGGGUAUGCUGACUGAAUGCAACCGCUGAUUUAUCAGAUUUCAGACAACGAUUUUUGAUCAACUCUUUCUGUAUGUUGUCUUCCCUUCUACUUUGUUGAUUGGCUCCUUUUGUACUUAUCGAUGCUAUCGCUUCAAAAGAAAGGCCACCGUAUUUCUGAGUCAACGGACAAUUCAUAUGUAUCGAGUUUUAAUCAUGGGACUAGUCAUCGAACAGCUCGCUGAAUUUCUAUGGAUCUUGGUGCCAAUGCUAGUGGUACACUUGGCCUUGGAAGGGCGACAAAGACCCUUAGGAUUCUUCGUCAUGUUCCGGCUAUUCUACUCUUAUAACACGUUUGUUCUCGUCUUUACGUUAUCAAUUUACCGGAGAUAUCGUGAGGCGGUUAGGGAGUUAUUCAGUCAAAUAUUUGGGGUGCAAAAGACCCCAAUUGAGGUGGUUGGCACCAGCACGUUGUAG